AUGAUGCUCUGUGCCUACCUGCCACUGAUCGCGGCAGCAGAUGUUGCAGACGAUGUGGCCGCAUUCGGUAAGCCAGAGCAACAGCUUCCCGUCUUCGUGCGCGAUACCGGUCUCUAUCGGGUCUCGUCUGCACGAGAGACAGUGCACAUACUCGAAGAGCUCGUCCGACUCAUUCUCUGGAGCGCUGAACGGUUCUUGUACGAAUGUGCUCGAGCCAUGCAAGGACUCGCAGGCAGCUUGCCACAGGCAGGCGUCGGCUUACUCGGCACGCUACUCAAGCGUCUCGAGGCGGCAACAGCAAGACUAGAGGACAUUGCACAUACUCAAGCCACAGCAGCAGCAACAGCUCCAUCCGCUCAGCCUGCCUCUUCAUCCGCGCCUACUAGAGCGAUUCAGGGACUGGGCGUCGUUCCGCAGACACCUUCACCCGCUCUCGCGACUGCUCAAGCUGCCUCGGAUCGCACAGCAAGCACGCCUUCGGUGGAUGAAUUUAUUCAGGAUGUGCUUCAAGGACCGCUUGACAAGUUUGUCACGCUCAGUCAAGCCAUUGGCGGCGUAGUCGAUCAACAGUCUGCGUUUGUCAAAGCAGGCUUUACAAGUCAGCUUGAGUUUCUCCAGACGGCCAGUCGCGUUGCAGAGCCUGCACAGUCAUCUUCGACGUACGGCAAGAUGCUGCAACCCAUGUCGGAAGCCAUCACCGCGGCGGGCAAAGUCCAGGAGAAAGGCCGCGAGCGAAAGUUUGCAAAUCAUCUCAAGAUGGUCGAAGAAGGCAUACCCUCACUUGCAUGGGUCACCAUCGUCAAAACGCCUGCACCAUUCAUCAAAGAGAUGCGAGACGCGGCGGAAUUCUAUACCAAUCGUAUCAUCAAAGAGUUCAAAGAGACUGAUGCCGAGCAGAUCGAAUGGGCGCGAUCGUUUCUCGCUCUCUUGGAUUCCCUGCGGCAAUAUGUGAUCAAGCAUCACACCACAGGCGUCUCUUGGAAUGCCAAAGGCGUAGAUCCAGAGACCUAUGUCGCGCCACAGGCAAGCAAUACGGCACCGCCGGCAGGAGGACCUCCACCUCCCCCACCGCCCGCUCCACCAGUCCUGACAGACUUCUCGAGCCAGUCCAUCAACGCAACGCCCAAGCAAGCUGCAGCCGGCGAUAUGACCUCUGUCUUUUCCGCGCUCAACCAGGGCGAAUCGGUCACAAAAGGCCUGAAGAAGGUUGAUCCCUCCCAGCAGACGCACAAGAAUCCUGCUCUGCGCGCAAUUGCGAAUCCAUCGCUUACAGUACCGCCAGCGAAGCCCGCAAAGCCAAGUGCGCUAGCGAAACCUGCGGUAACGGCAAAACCUGCCAAGCUUGAGCUUGAGGGACAGAAAUGGCUCAUUGAGAACCAGAUGGACAACAGCAGCAUCGUUAUCGACCAGACAGAGAUCAAUCAGAUCGUCAACAUCUUUGGUUGCCAAAGAUCUGUCAUCCAGAUCAAAGGCAAAGUCAAUGCGAUAUCUCUCGUGUCAUGCAAGAAAGUAUCGGUCUUGCUCGAUUCGACCGUGUCUGCGCUUGCCGUCACGUCGUCACCAAAUUUCAUUGUUCAGAUACUGGGCCGCGUGCCUACGAUACUGAUCGAUGCCACAGACGUCGGUCAGAUCUACUUGUCAAAGGAGAGUCUAGACGUUGAGAUCAUCACCGCCAAGACGAGCUCGAUCAACGUCAGCCUGCCCGAUGCGUCAGGCGAGGAAGGCAUGUUCACCGAAAAGGCUGUGCCCGAGCAAUUGAAGACAGUCGUCCAAGCUGGCAAACUCAUCACGACCGUCUACGAACAUACUGGCUAG